AAGAUGGCGUCUGAAAACACAUCUGAAGCCCCGGAGGAGACAGCAGCUCUCCUAGACACGACCACUGAACAACAUGGCGAUCAAUCCCACAGUGACUUAGCUCAAAAAGAGUCUAAACUGAAGAUUUAUCACUGGACGCAGUCGUUUAAUUCCCAGAAGGUGCGUCUGGCCAUAGCUGAAAAAGGCUUACACUGUGAAGAAUAUGACGUGAGCCUCCCUCUGAGCGAGCACAACGAGCCCUGGUUCAUGCACCUCAGUCCCACUGGAGAGGUGCCCGUCCUGGUUCACAAUGACACUGUCAUCUGUGACCCCACCCAGAUCAUGGAGUACAUGGAGCAUAACUUCAAUGAGGAGGGCACUGUGAGGUUGAUUCCUGAGGAGGGCAGCACAUACUAUCACCGGGUUCAACAUUACAGAGAGCUGCUGGACUCCCUGCAGAUGGACGCCUACACACACGGCUGUAUCCUGCAUCCAGAGUUCACUGUGGACUCACACAUACCGGCAUACGCAGCCUCUUGUAUACGAGCACAGAUAGGAAACACACAGACGGAGCUAAAGAAACUGGCUGAGGAGAAUCCAGAGUUGAAAGAUGCUUAUAUCGCCAAACAAAGGCGGAUAAAGUCUAAGUUGUAUAACCAUGACAAUAUGAAGUAUCUGAAGAAGCUGCUGGAUGAACUAGAGAAUGUAAUGGAUCAAGUGGAGACAGAGCUUCAGAGGAGGGCUGAGGAAACACCAGAGGAGGGCUGUCAGUCAUGGCUGUGUGGUGACUUCUUCAGUAUGGCUGACGUCUCUCUUGCGGUCACCCUGCACCGGCUCAAGUUCCUGGGCCUGUCUCAGCGUUACUGGGGAAAUGGUAACCGCAUCAACAUAGAGACAUACUACGGCCGUGUGGUGCAGCGGCCAGCGUUUAAGAAAGUCCUCGGCCACGUCAAUAACAUCCUCAUAUCAGCCGUGCUCCCGGUGGCCUUCCGCGUCGCCAGGAAGAAUGCUCCAGUUAUUUUAGGCACCACGCUCCUCAUAGGGAUUCUGGGAGGAGCUACGUACCUGGCUUUUCUGUACAUGAAAAAGAGGGUCACCCUGUUUUGUUGAGUGAGUGAAAACGGAGAAGGAAUCUAAAGAGGGACAUGAAUCACUGUAGCUGUAGUAUUGUAUGUUACUAUUUAUGCAACUAAAGAGAAGCCUCGGUAUACAGUACAUACAGGCCAACCCUGAUAAACUACAACAUUGUGUGAUUAAAGUUAUAUGAUAUAUAUUUGGCCCAGAGUCAAAUCUUUUAACUAUUUAACUAAUCAAUUUUAGAUAAUGCUUUAGUAAGAGUUUAAUUAUCAUCAAAGACCACUCUAACACACAUUAAACCCAUAUUAUGCUAUGUCAUGAUGUUGUUUCCUCAUCACAAACACACCUGGAGUUGUGUUUUGUUUCAUUCAUUCUAAGUUCUUCUCUCAAACUGAAAACACUCGUGACAUGUUGUGGCAUAUGAGAAUACAGCAAGUGCUCUACUGUGUUUUUAAAGUCCAUACACCUUCAUUUGAAUCAUUUGGAUCAUUUCAGUCCUGGAAUUGCCCUACUCUACUGAAGUAAAGGUAAAAGGUAACAGUUAACUUGAAAACUACCACUACAUGACAUCAUGAGGUGGAACAGAGCAUUUGAAGCGUUGGCGAUGUAGACAGACUAAUAAUGCAGGAUUACUCAUGUGUGAAUGAAAUAAAAGACAACUGAAGCAGGACAACUGACCAAUUGAUGAGGUAACAACAUUUUAACUAAGAAUGGCUAAAACAUUCUUUACGUCUUCAUUCAAAGUGCAGUGGUUUCCCCCCAAAUGAUUUAAUUAUUAAAUGUUAUUAUUAUAAUAUACAAAAGACUACAUAUUAUGAAAUGAUAAGUUGAGGCUCAAGCAUUAUUAUACAUUAAAUCUGGUGCAGUGUUGCUGCUUUCAUGCACAUUAAAUCAGACAGUGGUGCAUGUGCUUGUGCUUGUGUAAGGACUCAGAUCAUUUCAAAUAUUAUUUAUGAAAAAUUAUUGCUCAAAGAGUAUGGCAGUAUAUUUGUGUCGAUGGACUAUUUCCGUGGCUAAGAUGUUUGUUUUUUUAAUCAUUCAUGUGUAAUAAAAACACACAUUUGCACACUA